AUCAAGCCGCGUGGCAUCCCUGAUCUUUCCCCUGUCCUCAUUCUUUUCCGCAUCUUCCAAACUUCCACAAUCGUUCUACCGGCACAUUCGCUAAUAUUCACCUUCGCACAGUACCGGAGCCUCAAUCCCCGGUUUACACACAAACAAAAGUCCAAAAGAUAUAGCUGGUUCUACAUCAUGAUGGGCCUCACAUCAAUCCUCACUUUCUUCCUCUUGGCCAUUCGGCUAUUUGCUCCAGCCCUGGCGGCUCCAGCACCCCGUCAGGCUACGGGCGGCUGGUGGUUGAGCAGUAUCCAACAUCAAGGUGUCGCGCCAUUCAACGAGGACCCCACCAACUACAAGGUUUUCCGCAAUGUUCGCGAUUACGGCGCAAAGGGCGAUGGAUCCUCUGACGACACCGAGGCUAUCAACAAGGCCAUCUCCGACGGAAACCGAUGCGCCCAGGGCUGCUCCUCCAGCACGACCACCCCCGCGCUUGUUUACUUCCCUCCCGGUACCUAUGUCGUCAGCAAGCCCAUCAUUCAGCUUUACUACACUCAGCUUGUUGGCGAUGCCAUCAGCCCCCCGACCAUCCAGGCCGCUCCCAGCUUCGAGGGCAUGGCUGUCAUUGAUUCCGAUCCCUACUCGGACACGGGCGACAACUGGUGGGUUAACCAGAACAACUUCUUCCGUCAGGUUCGCAACUUCGUCAUCGACCUCACCAAGAUGCCUGUCAACAGGGGCGCCGGUAUCCACUGGCAGGUUGCCCAGGCCACGAGCUUGCAGAACAUUGUCUUCAACAUGCGCAAGGAUGGUGGCGCCGAGAACACUCAGCAGGGUAUCUUCAUGGAUAACGGUUCGGGCGGUUUCAUGAGCGACUUGACCUUCAACGGCGGCAGAUAUGGUGCCUUCUUCGGUAACCAGCAGUUCACCACUCGCAACCUCACCUUCAACGACUGCCAAACCGCCAUCUUCAUGAACUGGAACUGGGCCUGGACCUUCCAGGACGUCAAGAUCAACAACUGCCAAGUCGGUAUCGACAUGUCCAACGGUGGUCCUACCGGCCAGACUGUUGGCUCCGUCCUCGUUGUCGACAGCAAGUUCAGCAACACUCCCAUCGGCAUCAAGACCGCUUAUGACCCCGAGUCUCCUCAGACCAACGGCACUCUCAUCCUUGACAACGUUGACAUGUCCGGUACCGCUCAGGCCGUCUACAACAAUGCCACCGGGGCUACUAUCCUCGAGGGCAGCCAGACCGUCGGCUUCUUUGCCCAGGGACGCGCUUACACUGGCAAGCCCGGCGUCCCUGGCAAUGGCAAGGCUGUUCAGAGCCCCCAGAGCACCAUCAAGAAGCCUGAUGUUCUCCUUGACUCCAGCACUGGCAAGGUCUUCACCCGCUCCAAGCCUCAGUACGAGAACGUUCCCGCCAGCUCUUUCGUGAGCGUCAAGUCUGCCGGUGCCAAGGGUGAUGGCAAGACUGAUGACAGCGACGCCAUCCAGGCCGUCUUUGACAAGGCUACCAAUGACCAGGUUGUCUACUUUGACCACGGUGCUUACCUCGUCACCAAGACCAUCAAGGUUCCCAAGAACAUCAGGAUCACUGGUGAGAUUUGGCCCGUGAUUCUUGCUGGCGGUGACAAGUUCUUCAAGGACCAGAAGGAUCCCAAGCCUGUCUUCCAGGUCGGUCAGCCCGGUGACACUGGCGCCGUCGAGAUGUCCGAUCUCAUCUUUGGUACUGCUGGCCCUCAGCCCGGUGCUAUCAUGAUGGAGUGGAACCUCGCUGGUACCAAGCAGGGUGACGCCGCUCUUUGGGAUGUCCACACCCGUAUCGGUGGUUACGCCGGCACUGAUCUCCAGCUCGAGCAGUGCGCCAAGAACCCCAACGCCACCAACGCCAUUCCCGAGGCCUGCUUCGGCUCUUUCAUGAUGCUCCACGUCGCUCCCAAGGGCUCCGUCUACCUCGAGAACACCUGGUACUGGGUUGCCGACCACGACCUCGAGCCCGCUGCCAACAACCAGCAGAUCGACGUCUUCAACGGCCGCGGUGUCCUCAUCGAGGGUGAGGGUCCCGUCUGGGGCUGGGCCACCGCCUCGGAGCACUCCGUUCUUUACAACUACCAGUUCUCCAACGCCUCCAACGUCUACCUCGCUCUGAUCCAGACCGAGACCCCUUACUUCCAGGGCAACCCGAUCGCCACCAAGCCGUUCGACGUCAACGCCAAGUACGACGACCCUGACUUCUCCAAGUCUUGCCAGGGCGACACCAGCGGUACCUGCGAGCGCUCCUGGGGUGUCCGCGCCGUUAACUCCAAGGACGUGUUCAUCUACGGCGCCGGUCUCUACUCCUUCUUCGACAACUACGGCCAGGACUGCCUCAAGACCGAGUCGUGCCAAACCAACAUGGUCUCCCUCGAGAACAGCGCGGUCAACAUCUUUGGUCUCAGCACCAAGGCUAGUGUGAACAUGCUGACUAUCGACGGCAAGAGCAUGGCGGAGGAUAAGGAUAACAGGAACAACUUUUGCGCGACGAUGGCGCUGUUCCGGUCUUCGACCUAGGCGGUUGGGCCGUGAGUAGUGCUGUGCAAGCGCGAAGGGGUUCUUGGUCUGUGACCCCUCUGGAUGGAAUGGAAAGUUUUGGAUUCACUUCU